GCAGUAAAGGGCGAAUCGAAGCGCAACAACAGUUCAUCUCUCUCUCUUUCUCUCCAUUCAAAGAUAUGGUAGCGGCAGGAACUUUCCUAUGCCGGAAAGCAUAUCGUCUUCCUCUUCGGUCCUGGUCAUUGAACGGAGGCGCCACAGAUUGUGUCGGCUUAUGGCGGAAUAGGUCACAACAAACGGAACAUUUGCACCUUCUUCGCGAAUGUAAGUUACCACAACGACUUUAUUCUCUUGCCGCUGGAGAUUCUCGCUUCUUCUCCACAUUCACAACUCUCCAUCGAUCACCAACUGCCGACUCUUCAUCGUUCAAUAAUCGAGGAAGGAACCUUAUUCUCACAACUGAUACUGUUUCCAAUCACCGGAAAGAAUCCGAACUGAUUUAUGGCAUACGAACUACAUCAAGGUCUUGCUAUUCAACAUCAACCUCCAAUAGCGAUGAUGAUAGUGAUGAAAAGAACUCCGACACUGAAGUCUCUGAUGGUGGAGAUUUUAUCGCCCAAAAACGCGAUCCACAGCCGCAUGGUGUUGAUCCCAGGAGAGGUUGGGGUUUCCGUGGUGUUCACAAGGCAAUCAUAUGUGGAAGUGUUGGUCAAGCACCUAUGCAGAAGAUCCUUAGAAAUGGGCGAACUGUAACAAUCCUUACGGUUGGAACUGGGGGCUUGUAUGACCAAAGACAUUCCAAUUCUACUGACCUUCCUAAGCCAGCUCAAUGGCAUCGGGUUGCUAUCCACAGUGAGCAUCUUGGAACUUAUGCAGUUCAACAACUGACAAAAAAUUCAUCUGUCUAUGUUGAGGGUGACAUUGAAACCAGAGUGUACAAUGACAGCAUCAGCGGUGAAGUUAAAAAUGUGCCCGAGAUUUGUGUGCGACACGAUGGAAGAAUUCGACUUGUAAAAUCUGGGGAAAGCAUCAACAAGAUCUCCAUUGAUGAGUUGCGAGAAGGAUUGUUCCAGUGAAGAAUUAAAAUUCAGAUCUAAAAAAUCCAUAUGAGGCUGGUUGAUUGUAUUUGAAGAAGAACAAACCGUAAUAUCAAUCCUAUAAACAACGAGGUUAGACCAAUUGCUUCUUUAUAUAGUAAGAGUGUUUUAGUUCGUAAACUUUCUAGAUCUGAAUUUGUUUUAAACUAUUUUUAUUCUCUUUUUCCCCCAACCCUUUAAAAGCACACACUUAUGAGCCCGAAUUGAACCACAUUCUCAUGGCUUGUUAUUAUUUAUAUCUUGUGCUGAAAUUUGCUAGUUUAACUAACCUGAAUUUUUACAAUUUUAUUUUGAAGUUGAUCUAUGUG